GCAGUAUAUGGAAAGAAUGCUAUCCUAAACACAUGACAAUCACAGAUAAAAAGUUGCAGCCUGGUUGCUCAGCAUCAUUUCCUAAGUAGCUACUUCAGUGAUGACUUGCAGUGGCUUGGAAGUCUCUCAUCCAUAGCGCUUCCAUAAGACCAAGUCAACUGGACAGCAGUUAACAGCAACAACAGCAUAACUCUUUUGGAAGAGAAGUCUCUGAAAACGAUCCAACAGUGCAGUGCUGUUCCAAAGGACAGUGGACCAGCUGUUCCAAUGGAUCCCCAAAAUUCAUAUGCCUCUCUAGUGAAAGGCAUCCAGUCUCUUAAGGUCACUGGCAAUUUUAAUCCUUGUCAGCUUCUGCUCACUGGAGACCAGUCCUUCCCAGUUCUUCUGAGUUCAAAGGGUGAAGUCCUCAUUGCUGCCUCUCAGUACAGGGAAGGCCGGAUAGUGGUCACGGCCCAUGAACAAAUGCUGAAACUUCCCCAGUUUUUGCCCUUGAUUAAAAAUGCUCUGGAGUGGCUCAAGCUGUCCAAGACAGAACAGGUGGGGGUCCACAAAAGCAUGGCUGCCCUCUCUGAGAUGCUCCUUAGCGGUGGAGUCAAAGUUCAUGCCGGAGUGCCACUUGGGGACUCUCUAGGGGUCUACUGCUUGGAUGCCUAUGAUGACACAAUGGCUGAUGACCUUGUGCAGUUUGUCAAAAGAGGUGGCGGGCUGUUGAUCGGAGGACAGGCCUGGCAUUGGUCAUAUCAACAUGGCAAGGAGAAAGUGAUGGUUGAAUUUCCUGGCAAUCGGGUGACCAGCGUGGCUGGCGUGUACUUCACUGCCAAUGUGGGAGAGAAUGGGAUCUUCCCUGUGCCCAAGGAAAUGCCAAAGGUUCCCCUUUUUACUGAGCAUGGCUUAGACAUCCAAAGUGACUUAAAGACCCUUCUGGAUGGAGUGGCUCAGUUCAAUAUGCAUGAUAUGAUCCCUUCUCCCCUGCUCAUCCAUGGAAAUUUGGCAUUUCCAGUUGGCAUAUCUAAUUCUGACAAGACAUUUAUCGGAGCCGCAUACUAUGGCCGGGGACGCAUUGUGGUUGUCUCCCAUGAAGGGCUGCUGAAUGAACUAUCAAUGGAAACAUUUCUGUUCAAUGCCAUCAAGUGGCUUGCUGCUGGAAAGAGAGGAAAGGUUGGCAUUGGAGACAACUUCCAGGGACUUUAUUCUAUGUUAAACCAGGCCAUGAUCCCUUGCGAGUUCACCAAACUUAAGGGAGCCCUAAGUGUCUACUGUUGCUCAGCAUACAGUGAUGAAGAGAUGGAAAAAAUCCAUGAAUUCGUCUCUGAAGGAGGUGGUCUCCUCAUUGGGGGGCAUGCUUGGUACUGGACUUAUGGGAAUCCCAACCUCAGUGCCAUUGCCAAAUUUCCAGGAAACAAGAUCCUUAACAAGUUUGGAAUUGGAAUAUUUGGGGAAACGAUGGAUGUCACUAAUGAAGUCACAGCAAGACAAGUCAGCAAUGAUGCAUUCAGCUAUCACUUUCGCAAAGCGCUCUCCCACUUCAAGGAACGACUUCAGAACAAGCAAGCUCUAAGUCCACCAUAUUCCCUGCGGUGUAAAAAGCUGGCACAAGAGUCUGCCGCUUUCCUAGAGAUCCCAGCUGCCAGGUCCCCGGUUUUCUCCUCUGUUCACAAGGAUAUGGUGGAGUUGGUCCAAGUCUGUGGGGUUCCUGACAUCAGUGUAAGCAACCCAAUUAAGUCCAAAUCAGACAAAGCAGUGGUAAUCUACUUGUCCUGGGAACUCUACAACACUAUGCCAGAAUUCCAGCGCCUCGUUCCCAGUCUGAAUCAACAUUUCACAAAACCCUAUCUGAUUGCAUCUCCCCAAACCGUCUGGAUCAAUGGAACAAAUUAUGGAGGUGAAGCCUGGAGAAGCACUGGCAUGUAUCUUCCUCCAGCAAAGACUGCUACAUUGCUCUUUCCAUCAACUGCCCUUGGUGCUAAAUUGCAGGUACAGAUUGGAUGCCAUUCUGACAACCUGAGCAAUGCUGAUGAGCUGAACCGUCCUCCAGUGGUGGUAAGACGAUUUGAAGUUAAAAGUCAGAGAGUGGAAAUCUCCAGCUUGUGGGGCGGCCUCUUAUACAUCAUAGUGCCAGAGAAGUCUUCCAUGGGCUUCAUAACUGUCACCAUAGAAGGGGCCACCAUGAGUCCUUAUUUCAAGCACGGUGAAACCACCCUCUGUGCCUGGAAGAACACCAUACGCCACUACCCUGCUCCCUGGGCUGAGCUAGAAAUUCAGAAUAUCAUCCUGACGGUGCCUUCAGAUGUUGCAAGCGAAAUCGACAAUCCUGAAGUCCUGCUCACCACCUGGGCCCAGAUGACGAAUGCAAUGACCAAGUUAGCAGCCAUCCCUCCCGUUUUCCCUAGACCAGAGAGAAUUGUGACCGAUGUUCAGAUAGUAGCUGGUUGGAUGCAUGCUGGUUACCCAAUCAUGUCUGAUGUAAGAGCCAUGCAGGAGAUUGUGGACAUGGAAGCUUUCAAAGCCAAAGGGACCUGGGGGCCUAUCCAUGAGUUGGGUCACAACCAGCAGAAAAGUGGAUGGGAAUUCCCUCCCCACACCACUGAGGCCACCUGCAACCUCUGGUCUGUUUACGUCAAUGAGACUCUCCUGAACAUCUCAAGAGAUCGGGCUCAUUCAGAUCUUCUACCACACCUGAGAAAGAAGAGAAUAGAAGAUUAUAUUCGAAAUGGAGCUCAGCUGAAGGACUUUGACAAGUUUACUGCGCUGGAACCAUAUUUACAGCUACAGGAGGCAUUUGGAUGGGAACCCUUCAUCCACAUCUUUGCCGAGUACCAAAGAAUGACCAAUGUCCCCGAUGACAACAAAUCCAAGAUGAAUCUGUGGGUAGAAACAUUUUCUCAGGAAGUGAACAAAAAUCUAGGUCCUUUCUUUAAAGCCUGGGGGUGGCCGAUUGAGGAUGAAGUCUCUCAGAAGCUGGGCAAAACUUUUCCUCCCUGGGCAGAGAAUCCAAUGAAGCAAUACAUCUCACCAUAAGGAGCUGAAAGUGAAGCUAGCUGGAACUAUUUGUUUGCAUUGAAAGGGCUCAUCUAUCUUUAGUAUUUGUGCAUACUCUCCAAUUAUCCCAAUUUGGCAGGGACAAUCCCAAUUAAUCUCCUCCCUUUCCACUUCUCAGGUGCUUUUAAAAUGUCCAGGUUUCUCUCUCCUUCUCCUGCUUUGUCCUUGGCUUACUUCAAUGGCUGCAAACUGAGUUCAAAGUGCAAAAGGAGUGUGAGCUCAAUUAACUCAUCAGUGGAGAGAGGAGGAGGCAGAUCCUUCUCUUACAAAAUCAAAAUAUAAGAAUGGACUCUCUAUUAAUAGCCUUCCAUUAUGUAAUGUGCUAAUACUAGACAAUGUAUAAAAGUAAUAAGAUAUGCCACCUUCGUCAUUUUAAAAAAAUACACUGGAACGGUGCAACCAUUAAGACAAUAACUUGUGGUAUUUGUUAUCGUUUGUACUUAUUACUAUUGUCCUGCUUUUGAUUUGAUAAUACAAAAACGCUAGAAAAACAUCAUAAAUACUAAAAGGGAUUGUUGUGACCUCAUGCUGAUAUCUGGCAGAAAACACUUUGGGAUGUUUCCACUCAUAUUCUAGCAGCAUUCUUUGAAAUUCCUCAAACUGGUCUGAUCUUUCCCCUGUACAAGUCUCUGAGUUUUAGACCAAGGGCUCAGCCAUAGGAAGAAAGAUAUAAAAAGGACUCAAACAAGCAAUUCUGUAUUCAUGCAGAAAACCACCAAACAACUGGUAAACCUUUCCUCUUGAUG